UGUUCUCCUGCAACAUGGCCGUCGCUGUCUCAAGAGUACUGGGAUGUGCAUGAAGUACAUGCCGGUCGAUCCCGAGCGCAUUGACUACCCCACAUUCCAGCCUUCAUCUCCGCACCUUCUCAUGGCCUUACCUGUUCUAAUCGCAGGGCUCGGUUUCAUGCAUUCGACCGCUAUAGGAAACAAACGCCUCGUUUCAAAACGUUCAGAAUGACGCAGCCGAAGCUGUUUGUUCGAUGAAACGCUAUCAUCAACUUUGCC